AUGGCCGCCAUAUUGCGCCAGAACGCUCACCAGUUUAUAGGUGGAGAGGACAGAGUUAUGAAGCCAAUUAAUGAUGAAAUCGAUAAUAGUGUGCCAGACAGUGAUGGGGCACAUCCAGGAGGAAAUUCUUCAACAAAGGGCAAGGGCAAGUUCUACAACCUGGGCAAGAUCUUCAAGCCCUGGAAGUGGAGAAAAAAGAAAAGCAGUGAUAAGUUCAAGGAAACAUCAGAAGAUGAUGAAAUCGAUAAUAGUGUGCCAGACAGUGAUGGGGCACAUCCAGGAGGAAAUUCUUCAACAAAGGGCAAGGGCAAGUUCUACAACCUGGGCAAGAUCUUCAAGCCCUGGAAGUGGAGAAAAAAGAAAAGCAGUGAUAAGUUCAAGGAAACAUCAGAAGUGCUGGAGAGGAAGCUGUCCGUGAGAAAGCCCAAGGAGGAGCUGAUAGAGCGAGGGUUACUAAAGGACAAUCCUGACAAUGAGUGUAACAACGUGAAUCACUCUAAAGGUCCUUUGGUGAAGAAUGGCCACACUGCUCUAGUGACUGGAGACCACAGGAUGGAUACGGCAUCAGAUGUUAAGGGACCAUCUCGGCCGCCAGCAGAAGAACAGAGAAAUAGCCUCGGACUUGAACCAGAGCGACGCAGCCGAGUGCCCUCCGAUGUUAGCCGGAACCGACAGCCUUUGGAUGUGGAUGCUCGAACCCGGUUACUGCCUGAUAUGGACCGCCGCAGCCAUCUGUCGUCAGACAUUGAGAAACAAGCAUUAUCAUUACAGACAGAGAGACAUGGACAUGAUGAGAGAAGGUAUCGAAAGGAUGAAAGGGAGGACAAAGGAAAUAAGGACAGAUAUAGAAGGGAUAAAAAAGUUGACAGGGAAGGACACAGAGAAGACAGAGACAGACGUGAGAGACAGAGGAGGGAUUUGAGGCCAGAUAACGAUGACUGUUAUGGAAGAGGCGGCGAGCGAGAUGAACAGGAAAGAGAGGGAAGGAAUGACCCCGAGAAGCAGGAAGAGAAGGACUGGAGAGAAAACAGGGAGAUAAAACGACUAAUUGAAAGGAAGGAAGAUCGUGAAAGAUGGAAUGAGCGAGAGAGAGAAGAACGAGUUUGGAGAGAAGACAGGGAUAGAAGAGAGGAACAGGAAAAAUGUAACGAAAGGGAGAGAAAAGAUGCCAGGAGACCGGAGCCUGUGAAACAAGUGUCUGAUGGAAAAUUAGUCCGGCCUCAGUCAGAGUUGAACAUGCAUCCCAGUCUUCAGAAGAGCUCAUCUGACAUUAGACUGAAAGUCCGACCAGUUUCUGAAGCCAUCCAGAGCAGCACGCUGCCACGAUGCACACCCAAUGAGGAUGAAUCAAGAGCACGAACAGGAUCAGUGGGUAUGCGGUUUGCUCCUGACCCCACCCCUGAGCCCAAGCCUGGAUUUACCUCCACCCGAGAGCCACAGCCACCCACUAAACAGGCCAUCCUCCCACCCAAGUGGCUCAUGGCUGCUUCCUCCACUGAACCUGCUCAAGCCCCAUCCUCAUCGUCGUCCUCUAAAUCAUCGUCAUCUUCGUCGUCAUCCUCCUCCUCUGCUCCCCCCAUUGCUAAGCCACCUCCCCGGACUGUGUCUUUAAACGUAGACGAUUCCUGCAGCAUUGCCGUUACAUCAGCACCACCAGGGGACAAUGACACCCCACCCAAUGUGCCUGCCCACUUCACCUCCUCGGCCCCUGCUGCCCCUAAACAGCCUCCAGUGCCCCCUCCCAAACCCGCCCAUCACAAUAGCAACACUGCACUGCAAGCUGAUCCCUCCCAUAUUGCAGUCCCAGUCAAGCGAUCUCCUCCUGUCCCCCCCAAAAGAAUGACGGCAGUAACCAAACGACAUUCAGACGACUCCACAUCCAUCCAUCAAUCUCAGUCUCCGUCUGCAGGCCCUGCCCUUGUUCCACCCCCUUCUGUCCAGUCAGAUGACAGCAGAGACGUAAGCUCUGGAGCACUCUCUCCUCCACCAACCCAUAUCCCCCCAUCCCCUCCACGUGCCCAACCACCCCCUGUACUUGUUGACCCACCCAGCCCGACCACAGAGCCACCCUUUCAGCCUCCAUUACCUCUUCACAUACGCAUCCAGAGAGCCUUAAUCAGUCCAGGCCCGGUCCAACCCAACUUGGACGGAUCCCAGCGAGCUCACUCACUACUGUUUGAGUCACCGCCAGACUUCCUUGCAGAGACCCCAGGAGGGGGAAGAUACUCCCUUCCUGUUACUAUCGAACCUCUCAGAUUGCCAGAGGAUGAUGACUUUGACAUUGAAGAAGAACUGCAGAAGCUACGGCCUACACGGCGGAUAGAUCUUGAGCCAGGGAGCCGGCGUGGUCUGGUAGAAGAUCCUCGAGUCACUGUUAUUCCCGAGGACGGGGGACAUGGAAACAGUGAGGACGAGGGGGAGAGUGACUCAGAUGGGCCCAUAAAUUAUGAAGAUGAUGAUGAUGAUGUUUCCACAAGCAGUCUUGCAAGUCGCGUGAAGCGCAAGGAUACACUGGCACUAAAGCUGGAGCGGCAACAGGAGAAAGAGCAGAGUCCAGAUCAGGAUAACAGCACAUGGAAUAACAAGGACCAAUGGGAGGCACUUCGCAACAAGAUCGGCUCCACGCUCACAAGGAGGUUGAGUCAGAGACCUUCUGCACAAGAACUUGAACAGAGAAACAUCCUACAAGCUAAGAAUGAAGCAGACCGACGGGCUGAAAGGAGCGAGAUCAAACGCAGAUUGACCAGAAAGUUGUCACAGAGGCCUACAGUUGCUGAGCUCCAGGCCAGAAAGAUUCUGCGUUUUCAUGAAUAUGUGGAGUCCACUCAUGCUCAUGACUAUGACCGGCGUGCUGACAAACCCUGGACCAAACUCACACCUGCUGACAAGGCGGCCAUAAGAAGAGAGCUGAAUGAGUUUAAGAGCUCAGAAAUGGAAGUUCACGAGGACAGCAAAAUAUACACAAGGUUUCAUCGUCCAUAAUUUCCAUCUCUGUUGUUGGACCCUUUGGUUGGACUCAGAACCCUAAGCAUCUAGAAACUGCCCCUGUAACUGCAGCUAAAAGCAUCCAGCUCACUUUAGCGUCCUAUUCCCAUGAUGCAUAUCAUUGAGUUCCCCCUGCUAGCCAAUCAAUAAAGUGAUACGGUAGGACAACGGAUGCUGGUACUUCAUUUCAGACAUUUUUGAGAAGCACAUUUAGAGUGCAUUCUCGUGGGCCAGACCUGUACUGGAUAAUUUUAGGGACACAGGACUCUAGGUUAGGGUGUGUUUUAACUGUCUUUAUGGUGCACAUGUUUUGUGACCAAGAAUAGACUGUAAUAGCAAUAAUACGAUACUGGUGACAAACAAACUGUUUUAAUGGAGAGUGAUUGUGAGAAUACGUCUUAAAUGAUAAACGUUGUCAAUUUUUGCCUUAACACUGGUACUACAUUACCUUGUAGAGUAAUAAAGAAAAUCUGUUCGUACAGAUGCACAGGUAUAUACUGUAAAGCUUUUUUUCACCCUGAACGCAUACUGGUGUGUGUGUAUUUGAAAGCAUCUUUGACAUUCUCAGGACAGCAGUACAUGGUAUCACUUUAUCUCACAUGCAUUUUAUUCCGAGUUUUAUGAUGAUGCUUUAACAUAAACCUUUGUCUGUAAUGUCUUUUGUUUUUAUAUUUUUUUGCAAAAGAGCACUUCGCUUUAUGUAAUGGCAUGCUGAAUCUGAGAAGUCUGGUCAUAAGUCACCCCAGAAAAAAAUAUGGCACAAAAAAAAUGGUCUGCUUUGGGAUCAUAAGCAUGCUUUAUAGCAAUAACUUGACGACAGUUAAGCACAUUUUGUCUUUUAAACUAUUUUUACUUUUCUCAGCCAGUAUGAGUAAUGUACUGUAGAUUAUUCAAUUCAGUUUUAUUUAUAUUCACAAUUUUCAUUGUUGCAAAGCAGCUUUACAUAUAUUAUUAUUUUAAAAAAAUCAUAGCAAUACAUGAAUAAAUAAAGAUAGUAUAUGGUAUUGAAAUGCAUGGUAUGAUUGCAAGUUUUUUCUCUAUGCAGUGUACUUUGAUGAAACUUAACGGAAAUAAAUACUAUGUUGGAUUGUUAGAAACUGUAAAUUGUUCAGUUGAGCUAAAUUAUUUAAUUGAAGUAUAUUAUUUUAAAUAUUAUCAUUACUUUAAACUUAAAAUUACAGUAUACCAGAACAAUUUGCCAUUAAAAUCGUAGUACACUGUAGUUAAUGUAGUACAAUAAUUAACAUGCAAGUAAAAUAUCUAGAUGCAUUACAAUAAUAAUUUAAUGGGAUAAAUGUGCUUAAAUGUCAUCAUUGGUGUCAUUUUAUAUACCAAAAAUCUACUACUGUUAAUUUUGGGCUGAAGAUAUAUUAUUCAAAGGCUUUGUGAUUCAUCCUUCAGCAGUCACUGAUGUACAGUGUAAAACAACAUGUUUAAUGUUACAUUAUGGAGAAUCAUAGUAAAAAAUUGGGCGCAUUUGUGAGUGGUUUUUAAAAACGAGCCAAUUUCUGCUGUUGGCUUCAUGAUACCUUUUUUGCACUGUAUAGAUAUACACUGUAAGUUGAUGAUAUUUUAUAUCUAUACCUGUUCUCAGAAAUAAGUUUUAAUGGUAAUAACUACAGUAUAGUAUUACACUAUCCUGUUUUUAUAAAACAGCAUGAGUACAGGUUAAAUUAUGCAAUGAUCCGGUACAGAAAAACUAAAAACAUGCUUUAUUCUACUACUGUAUAGUCUUUUUUAAAUGUAAAGAUAAGAUGAUGUGUAUUUCAAGUAACAUGCACAAAUUGUUUGUUUUUAAUUAAAUUUUUGAGCAUU